UGUUUCGAAUGUCACAUCCGGCAACGUCCUGUCGUUCAGAUGCCGCCAAAAACUGCUUUAAGAAGCCACCCGCGAGCAUGGCGUCAAAGAAAGAGGCGAAGACGAUACGCAAGUUUGUGUGCGCGGAGCUGCGCGAUGAGCCGGACCUCAGCAAGCUGACCUUUGGGAUUUUAAAAAAACGAUAUCUGGCACAUGUGCGAUGUGAAAAAUUAUCUCCAGAAGCCAGAAGUAUCAUGAAAUGUGUGGUUGAAGAGGAACUGAUGAAGAUGCAGGACAAUGACGAAAAUGAAAGUGAGUUGGAGACCAGCAUAAAGCCCCCAAACAAAAGGAAGAGAGAAAAAGAAAGUGACGAAAUGCUAAGUGGGGAAGAAGAAGAUGACGAGUCCACAGCAAAGAAAUCCCGUCGUCAGUUAAACUCCUCAUCAGACUCAGUGGAAAAGGACAACUCCAAAACAGGAAGUGAGAGUGAGGAAGAGGAGCAAAUUAAUUCUGUAUCUGAGGAUGAAGAGCAAGUGGUCCAAAAAAAACGGCGAAAGACGAAUGCAAACAUUGAACAACAGCUAAGCAGUGAAGACUCCACAGAUGAGGAAAUGAAUAGAUCGAAAGACAGCAAGAGUGACGAGAGUGACGUUGAGGAAGAUCCAAAGGAAAUGGUAAAGAAGAGAACAAAUGCAACACAGAAUGGAGAGAAAAGAAGCAGCAAUUCAAGUCCUGUAAAGAAAACUCCACAGAGCAAUAAAGCGAAUAAAACUGACCUGGAUAGCGAGUCAGAAAAGCAGGACAAUAUCCACGACGACGACUCCUCAGACCACAGUGGGAAAGAAGAAAAAACCUCAGUGGAACACAAGAAAAACAACUCUGACUCAGAUUCCUCGUCACUUCCCUCGUUGGAAGAUGAACCGCAAAGUGAAAAAGGAAAAACACAAGAGAAAACACAAGAUGAUGAAAAGAAGAGAACCUCAAAGAAAGAGCAGAAAAAAGAGAAGAGUCAAAAGGAUGACAACAAAACUGUUGUGAGGCUCAAGCGGUACAUUUCUCUAUGUGGUGUGAGGCUAAAUUACAAGAAGCUCCUCGACGGAUGCCGCUCUGUUCGCUCCCAGGUGGCUGUUUUGAAGAAGGAGCUUGAAGGUCUUGGUGUCGAUGGUCAGCCAUCUAUUAUGAAAUGCAAAAAAGUCAGACUGAAAAGAGAAGAAUCUCAGGAACUCGCUGAGCUCGACGUCAACAACAUCAUUGCCACAAAAGGUCGACCGACACGCAGAGGAUCAUCGGCAUGGCAGGAACAACGUAGCCCUCCGUCUUCCACAUAUGUGCGCUCUCUGAACUCUGCCUCUGAUAGUGACGAGGAAAACAAUACACACAGAGCGCGGAGGAGAGCAACAGACUGGGCCAACCUGCAGGGCAUCAUCAGUGAUGAUGCAGACAGCAACUGACAGAACUGAUUUGGCUUGAUCCCUUUUCUAUAUUGACCUUCGCUUUGUUCAACUUUGAUGUAUAAAUUGUUUUGAUAUCAUUCCAUUGUAUGUCUUUAACAGUCUGUAAAAAUGUGUGUUAAUUUUAUAUUUAAAUAAAGGUUGUGAUAUUAUG